UCACAUGCAUAUAUGCUCUCUCUAAAAAUGGGCAAUGGAAAACUAAGCAAUAAUAUUUUGCACCUCUUUAUUGUUAUAACCUUAGCCAUAUCUUCAUGCUUAGUUAGCUUAAGUCAAGCAAACCAUCUUCCUGAACAACGAAAGCGUCUUCAACUAAACCAAUGCAAUAUCUUCAAAGGUCAUUGGGUACGGGACGCUUCAUAUCCUAUGUAUGAUUCCUCGCAAUGCCCCGACAUUCGCAAAGAAUUCGACUGCCUGAAGUACGGUCGCACAGAUACAAAUUAUCUCAAGUACCGGUGGCAGCCAGAUGAUUGCGAUAUUCCAAGGUUUGAUGGGGUGGAUUUUCUAAGGAGGAUGAGAGGAAAGAAGAUAAUGUUUAUUGGGGAUUCACUAAGUCUUAAUUAUUAUCAGUCCUUAAUUUGCCUGCUUCAUGCAGCUAUUCCAAACUCCAAAAUCACACAUCCAUCAACUGGUGGCAUGAAAUCAUGGUUUUACCAGGAUUAUAAUGUCACUGUGACAAUGUAUUCUUCUUUAUACUUGGUUGACAUAGAGAAAGAGCAACAAGGACGCGUUAUGAAGCUUAAUUCGAUUAAGAACGGCAAAAUUUGGAAAGAGAUGGAUGUUUUGGUUUUCAAUACCUGGCUUUGGUGGAAUAUAAGGGGCGCGAAACAAUCGUGGGAUUAUAUUCAAGAUGGGUCAGUAAUACAAAAGGAUAUGGAUCGUACAGUCGCAUUUAGAAAAGCAUUAAUGACAUGGGCAAAAUGGGUUGAUUCCGAAAUUGAUCCCAAAAAAACAAAAGUUUUCUUCCAAGGAACCAAUCCUCUCCACUAUGACGGGAAGGAAUGGAAUGCAACAAGAGCGAAGGACUGCUCCAAGGAGAUAAGGCCCGUGAAAGGAUCCACGUACCCGACUAGAGCCCCGCCCGCAUUAGACGUGGUGAAGCAAGUACUAAGCACCAUAUCGAAACCCGUUUAUCUACUUGAUAUCACACUUCUCUCACAACUAAGAAAGGAUGGGCAUCCCGGUCCUUAUAAUGGUUUCCAUGGAAUGGAUUGCAAUCAUUGGUGUAUAGCCGGUCUUCCUGAUACUUGGAAUCAACUUCUCUAUACAACUCUUAUCAUGUAAUGUUGAUUAAUUGAUUAUUAGUUAGAUGUUUAUGUAAAUGAUCGAAUUUUGAAUUUGAAAAUUUAUGUUCAUGUAGCUUGUUAAAUAAAAAUUUAUUUAUGAAAAGUUUGUGACAAAAAACUAAUAGAGAUGUACUUCGAUCUAUAUUUUUAUUAGCCCAUAGCGCAUAAUAUGAUUGUACAAU